UACCCGCUUUUACCCUGCUCGCACGUGCACCCAGUGGAUGUGUAAGGCGUGCUGGACAUCUCUCUUUCUCUUUUCCCUUUGGCUUCGGUGUGUGUUUAUCUCUCAUGGCAACAGUGCGUGUAACUGCCAGGGCGCUCGUCUUGAGGGGGAGGACCACAAACUUUUAAGCAAGCAGCAAACAGUUUGAAAGACAAAGCACAAUGAAGCCAGCACAGUCCCCAAGGCUCCUGAGGUCACAGAAUGAUUCUGUAUAUAACAUGAGUCAUUCAAAAGGCAUACCGGAAUUACCACCCCUACCUGCUUCUGCUGUGCCUUCAGAAUUGUAUCAGCUUGUCCUUAAGAACAGCUGUUAUCCUCCUUUGAUGCAACGAGUGUCAUGGACUUUGGCAGUUCCAUUCAAAGAACAGCGUUACUACCGGAGCCCAAGUGACUCCAUAGCUAAUAACUAUUCUCUUACCGCACGGGAUUUGAAACUGAAAAAUGUUCACAAAGUAGGGUCUUCCUCAGUGGCAAGUGCAUCUCUGGGUUCAGCCAAGCAGAGAGCAGCCUCACCGUCUUCAAAAGAAUUCACCCCUUCUGCAAAAAGGCUCAAACUUACACAAAGAAGUCAGUGUGAUUUUGAUAGAAGUAUGCCAGCUUUGUUAAACAGUUCAGAGCCCCUUUCACUAUAUGUACCUGGUCAUAUGCCAGAAUUAAAUGUCAUACGUUAUUCAGACAACCAACCAUUGACUCCAGAAGAACAAUUUGUUGUCAUGCACUCCCAUGAGGAAGAGAUAUAUAAGCGAGAAAAGCCACCUUCAGAAAAUGAUAUAGAGAGAUACUGUUACUACAUAUAUAAAGGAGUACCAGAAGACAUGCUGGCACCUCAGGACGAGGAAGUGAUGAAUGUAAUUUUAAAGCAUAUUCCAGCUCAUAUUCUUACUAACCCAGACCUGGAGAAUUUACUUGAAAGUUUAAAAGAAGAGAUUAAGGCAGACUAUCGUAUCAACCUCAUGAAAGCCAUUGUUGAUUACAUCUUGAUGGACCCGGCUGAGAGAGAAAGACUGUUUAUUGGAAAUACCCCACGUCCUUUUCCCCAGAGAGUAGUCCGUGCCCCAGUCCCAUGGCAUAGCUCUUAUGAAGAAGUGAAAAGCUGGAAUGAAAGCAAUCUAUUCACAGUGAAUCCAUUGAUGCAUGCUUUGCAACAGCUCUGGCUUUCUGAGUAUAGUAAUCUAAGGUUUGUUCGCACGAAAGAAUUGCUUUGUGGUGACCUGCCACUGUUGCCUACUGAGUUUGAGGAUCUCAUUCGAAGACAUUGUGUGGAAGCUCGCGAUAUUCUGCAGAACAAGUGGAUCCCAACUUGUGUAUCCUUUUUCUUCGAUCAGAGAAGGCAGUGGCUUCAUUUUGCUCCUGAACGUGCCUGUGAUUCCGCUCAGCGAGUUGAAAGCUAUUUUGAUUCAGUAGCAAGUCUCAUGUCAUUACAAUUACGUGAGAUGGUUAUUAACUCUUUAGAAGAUCUUAUUGCAUUUUUUAUGAUCCACAAGGGUGGGAAUGAUUUUACAGAACCGUAUCAAGAAAUGCAGUUCUUUGUACCUCAGAUGCUAAUAGUUAAACUCAAUGUGGAAGAACCCCAGAUUGUCUUUGAGCCACCUUUGAAAGAAUGUUGGGAUUUAAUCAGCCAUUGUUUCAUGGAGAUCCUACAAAGCGCUGAGGAACUUCCAAAGGUACUGGAUAAAGUACUUUAUUUCCACUGUUGUAUGUGGUAUCACAGUAUUUGCAAUGGUUCCCCUUAGGUAGAAAGACUUCUUUUUCCAGAAUUAAAUAGAGUUGAUCUCACUCUCAGUACAGUCAAACCAGAUGAAUCGUUGUUUUCAGAUUACGUGAACAAACUUGAAAAGAUCUUUGAGAGCAACAUACUUGGCCCCCAGAAGUAUUUAAACGUGUACAGGAAAUACAGCAAUCUUUUGAACAACAAUGCAGAGCAAGACAUUACUGAUUUUUUGAAAGAGGGUCAUUCCUUAGAAGAUUUUAGUGAGAAGAUUGACAGUUUAACAAAACUGAAAAGGGAGAUUGCGUCCAUGCAUGUCACUGUCCCUUUGGCCAUGUUCUGUCUGGAUGCAGCUCAGCUGAAUGAGGAACUCUGCAAUAGGACUCAAAAUCUUAAAGACAGAUUGAUUGAAUUUGAAGUGAUGGAAAACAGAACAUUAAAUAACAGCAUUUGCAAUGAAUAUAACAUAAUUGCAGAGAGAGUGAGUGAAGUACCUUCAAAAACUGAAGAGUUAGUGGAACUUACUGCAUACUUAAAGAAGUCCAGUGAAGUUACUGUUUUUAAACUGAGACGGCAGAUCUCUGAAGCAGCAUACAGACUGGAAUUCCUCAUGGACUAUGCUGAUCUUCCUUCUGGGUCUAUUGAGGUAAUCUUUGAAAACAGUAGAGCCCAGCUGUAUAGCAGGAGGAAUUACGUAGAAAUGGCUUUGCUUAAAAGAUGUUCUCAGUUUGAGGAAACUCUUGAACGUUAUAAUAGAGAAGUAGAGAGCUACAAAGAGCGGGAUAUUAUGACCAUGGAAGAGAUGAAGAACAGUGCUGAGAAAUUUAAAGAGUUAAAUAGGAAUCUGGAUAAGGCAGUAACAGAACUGGAGGCUAUUAAUAAAGAAGAGGAAUUACUUGAACAGGAGAAGAGUCAGUUUCCUCUGCUGCAAACUGUAAUUACAAACAAACAACCGUUUGAGCAACUUUGGGUAACGGCAUAUAAUUUCCAUACCAAAUCUGAGGAAUGGAUGAAUGGACCUCUCCAGGAACUGAAUGCUGAUGAAAUCACAGAAGAAAUUGGGAAUAUGUGGAGGACUAUGUACAAGCUCACUAAGAGUUUUCCGGAUUUGCCUGGGCCUAGAGGCUUAGCAGAAAAUAUGAAAUAUAAACUUGAUAAAUUUAAACAGCAUCUUCCUGUCUUGUCAAUUGUCUGCAAUCGUGGAAUGAAGGAGAGACACUGGAAGCAGAUCAGUGAAGUUGUAGGACAUGAAAUCUCACCUGAUGAAACUACUACCCUUCUAAACAUAUUGGAAUUUGGGCUAUCAAAAUAUAUGGAUCAACUGGAACCUAUUGGAGCAGCUGCUAGCAAGGAGUAUUCUUUAGAGAAAUCAAUGGAGAAAAUGAAAUCCGAAUGGUGCAACCUACACUUCAGUCUGGUGAAGUACAGGGACACUAAUACCAGCAUCCUGUCAGCAAUUGAUGACAUCCAGCUUUUGCUGGAUGAUCACAUUGUUAAGACUCAGACAAUGUGUGGCUCUCCCUUCAUCAAACCGAUAGAAGCUGAAUGCCGGACUUGGGAAGAAAAGCUUGUUUUAAUGCAAGGUAUUCUAGACAACUGGUUAAAAUGUCAGGCAACAUGGUUGUAUUUGGAACCAAUUUUUAGUUCAGAAGACAUUAUAGCUCAAAUGCCUGAAGAAGGUAGAAAGUUUGGAGUUGUGGAUACAUACUGGAAAGACAUCAUGUCACAAGUGGCAAAAGACACAAAGGUACUUGUAGCAACUGAACAACCCAUGAUGUUGGACAGACUUCAGGAAGCAAAUACUCUCUUAGAAGACAUUCAGAAGGGAUUGAAUACUUACUUGGAGAAGAAAAGAUUAUUUUUCCCAAGAUUCUUUUUCCUGUCUAACGAUGAGCUGCUUGAAAUACUGUCUGAAACAAAGGAUCCCCUUCGAGUGCAGCCACAUUUAAAGAAGUGUUUUGAAGGAAUUGCUAAACUGGAGUUCACAGAAGAUCUGGAGAUCGUAGGCAUGAUCAGUUCAGAGAAAGAAGUUGUUCCUUUCAUAGAUAAAAUCUAUCCAGUGAAAGCAAAAGGCAUGGUAGAGAAAUGGCUUUUGCAAGUAGAGGAAAUGAUGCUGGCUAGUAUAAGGAAGGUUCUUCAAGAUGGCAUAAGAGGGUAUGUUAAGGUUCCUCGAAAAGCAUGGGUGCUUCAAUGGCCUGGACAGGUGGUUAUUUGCGUUUCAUCAAUUUACUGGACAAAAGAAGUGUCUGAAGCUAUAAGCAAGGGAACUUUGCUCGAUUUCCUGGAGAAGAGCAAUCUGCAAAUUGGAGACAUCGUUGAGUUAGUGAGAGGAAAGCUGUCCAGUGGAGCCCGGCUAACUCUUGGGGCGCUUACUGUCAUUGAUGUACAUGCUCGUGAUGUGGUUGCAAAAUUGGCUGAAGACAAAAUCACAGACCUUAAUGACUUCCAGUGGAUUUCUCAGCUGAGAUAUUACUGGGAAGAUAGGAAUGUAAUGGUGCGAAUGAUUACAACAGAAGCCAAAUAUGGAUAUGAGUAUCUGGGCAAUUCUUUACGCCUGGUUAUAACCCCACUGACAGAUCGAUGUUAUAGGACAUUAAUGGGUGCCUUGAGACUAAAUCUUGGUGGUGCUCCAGAAGGACCUGCUGGGACUGGCAAAACAGAAACAACAAAAGAUCUAGCGAAAGCUCUAGCUAAGCAGUGCGUGGUCUUUAAUUGCUCGGAUGGUCUUGAUUACAAGGCAAUGGGCAAGUUCUUCAAGGGGCUGGCACAGUCUGGUGCAUGGUCCUGCUUUGAUGAGUUCAACAGAAUUGAGGUUGAAGUAUUAUCUGUAGUCGCACAACAAAUACUUAGUAUACAGCAAGCUAUUAUUCGCAAACUCAAAACAUUCAUCUUUGAAGGCACAGAGAUCUCUCUUAAUCCAACCUGUGCUGUGUUUAUCACUAUGAAUCCUGGGUAUGCUGGACGGGCAGAGCUACCUGAUAAUCUAAAGGCAUUGUUCCGAACAGUUGCUAUGAUGGUUCCAGAUUAUGCUUUGAUUGGAGAAAUUUCACUUUAUUCGAUGGGAUUUUUGGAUUCUCGGAGUCUUGCUCAAAAAAUUGUUGCCACUUAUCGUUUGUGCUCGGAGCAGCUGUCAUCUCAGCAUCACUAUGAUUAUGGAAUGCGUGCUGUUAAAUCGGUCCUGACAGCAGCAGGAAACUUAAAAUUGAAGUACCCAGUUGAAAAUGAAAGUGUAUUGUUACUUCGGGCUUUGCUGGAUGUUAACUUGGCCAAAUUCUUGGCUCAGGAUGUACCAUUGUUUCAGGGUAUUAUAUCUGACCUGUUUCCUGGAGUGGUUCUUCCUACACCAGACUACGAGCUGUUUGUCCAGGCGUUAAAUGAAAAUAUAAAAAAGAUGGACCUUCAACCAGUUCCGUGGUUCAUUGGAAAAAUUAUUCAGGUAUAUGAAAUGAUGUUGGUGCGCCAUGGUUUCAUGAUUGUUGGAGAUCCUUUGGGUGGGAAGACCUGUGCAUACAAAGUGCUAGCUGGAGCUCUUGGUGAUUUGUGUGCAGCAAAAUCCAUGGAAGAAUUUGCUGUUGAAUAUAAAAUUAUUAAUCCCAAAGCAAUUUCUAUGGGACAAUUGUAUGGCAAUUUUGAUCCUGUAAGCCAUGAGUGGACAGAUGGAGUUCUUGCAAAUGCCUUCAGGGAACAAGCUUCUUCCACCACAGAUGAUCGGAAGUGGAUUAUAUUUGAUGGCCCAGUGGAUGCAGUUUGGAUAGAGAACAUGAACACUGUGCUGGAUGACAAUAAAAAGCUGUGCUUAAUGAGUGGUGAAAUAAUUCAGAUGAAUUCAAAAAUGAGUUUAAUCUUUGAGCCAGCAGACUUAGAGGAGGCAUCUCCAGCAACUGUCAGCAGGUGUGGUAUGAUCUAUAUGGAUCCGCAGCAGUUAGGCUGGAAGCCGCUGAAGGAUUCCUACAUGGAUACGCUGCCUCCAAACCUGCAGGCGGAACACCGAGAGCUGGUCAAUGACAUGUUUAUGUGGCUAGUCCAGCCCUGUUUAGACUUUAUUCACCUUCAUUGCAAAGUCAUAGUCCAAACGUCCUCUAUUCAUCUGACUUACAGCAUGAUGAAACUCUAUAGUUGUCUGCUUGAUGAAAUAAAGAAGUCCAGGGAAGAGGAGGAGGAAAGCAUGUCUAGUCAACAGAUCUUCUUGUGGCUGCAGGGACUUUUCCUUUUUGCUUUGGUUUGGACAGUUGGCGGGACCAUCGAUGCAGACAGCAGAAAAAAAUUUGAUUUGUUUUACCGCAACUUGCUGAUGGGAACGGAUGAUGGAAACCCACGCCCCAGAAGUGUGAAGCUCACUAAAAACAAUAUCUUCCCAGAAAAAGGGAGUGUUUUUGACUUUUAUUUUUACAAGUAUGGCAGUGGGCAGUGGAACAUGUGGACUGAUUACAUCACAAAAGAAGAGCAAGUUAUCUCUCCAGCGGCUAAGGUGUCUGAUCUAAUCAUUCCGACAAUGGAAACUGCCAGACAAAUGUUUUUUCUUAAAACAUAUGUGGAGCAUAAUGUCCCUUUGCUUUUUGUGGGUCCCACUGGCACUGGAAAAUCAGCUAUCACAAACAGUUUUUUGCUACAACUUCCAAAGGAGAAAUACAUCCCAAGCUUCAUCAACUUCUCUGCAAGAACAUCUGCUACCCAAACCCAGGAUAUUAUUAUGUCUAAGCUGGACAGAAGAAGAAAAGGAUUAUUUGGGCCUCCUGUGGGAAAAAAAGCUAUAUUAUUUGUGGAUGACCUAAACAUGCCUGCAAAGGAAGUGUAUGGAGCCCAGCCGCCUAUUGAACUUCUCAGACAAUGGAUUGAUCAUGGUCACUGGUAUGACAAGAAAGAUACAUCCAAGAUUAAUAUCAUAGAUGUCCUGCUUGUUUCAGCCAUGGGCCCACCUGGGGGAGGCAGGAAUGAUAUUACAGGACGCUUCACACGACACUUGAAUAUUGUAUCUAUACGUUCUUUUGAUGAUGACAUAUUACUCAAGAUUUUUACUGCAAUUGCUGACUGGCACUUUAGCAAAGGCUUUGAGUCUGUGUUUCUAAGGCUAGGUAAGAUGAUGGUCUAUGCUACAAUGGCAAUUUAUAAAAUGGCAGUUGAGAAUUUUCUCCCAACUCCUUCCAAAUCCCAUUAUGUCUUUAAUCUACGUGAUUUUUCCCGGGUUAUUAAAGGAGUGCUGCUCUGUCCACACACUCACUUGCAAGAUGGAGAUAAGCUGAUCAGACUUUGGAUUCAUGAGGUUUACCGAGUUUUCUAUGAUCGCUUGGUUGAUAAGGAGGACAGGGAAGUAUUCUUUCAGAUGGUAAAAGAGACAACAUCAAGUAGCUUCAAGCAGAGCAUUGAUAAGGUACUGAGUCAUCUCUCGCCUACCGGCAAGAUCUCUGACGAUAAUAUUCGCAGCCUGUUCUUUGGAGACUAUUUGAAGCCGGACAGUAAUGUAAAAGUGUAUGAUGAAAUCACAAACUUAAAGCAACUGACAGCCAUGAUGGAAUACUACCUUGAGGAGUACAACAAUGUCAGCAAAGCACCAAUGUCCUUGGUCAUGUUCAAAUUUGCUAUUGAGCAUAUCUCAAGGAUAUGCAGGGUACUGAAGCAGGACAAUGGGCAUCUGUUGCUGGUGGGAAUUGGUGGGAGUGGUCGACAAAGUGCUACCAAGCUGGCCACCUACAUGAAUACCUUUGAGCUCUUUCAAAUUGAAAUUACAAAAUCCUAUGGAAUAAAUGAAUGGAAAGAGGAUAUUGAUAAUCAAAUAAAGGAUGAAGCAUUUGUAGAAGAUAUCAACAUGCUUUUAAAUACUGGUGAUGUGCCUAAUAUCUUUGCAGCUGAUGAGAAAGCUGAAAUUGUAGAGAAAAUGCAAGGUGCAGCAAGGACAGAGAACAGGAAAAUUGAAGCCACUCCCCUUGCUAUGUACAAUUUCUUUAUUGAAAGGGUGAAGAAAAAUUUGCAUAUUGUCUUAGCAAUGAGCCCUAUUGGAAAUGCGUUCAGGAAUCGAUUACGGAUGUUCCCUUCACUGAUAAACUGCUGCACCAUUGAUUGGUUCCAAACCUGGCCUACCGAUGCUUUGGAAAUGGUUGCUAACAAGUUUUUAGAGGAUGUUGAACUCGAAGAUGACAUUAGAAAAGGGGUUGUGUCAAUGUGCAAGUAUUUCCAAGAAAGUGUGAGAGAGCUUUCCAUCAGCUACUACAGUACGUUGCGAAGACACAACUAUGUAACACCAACUUCUUAUCUGGAAUUGAUUCUCACCUUUAAGACUCUACUGCAUAGCAAAAGGCAAGAAGUUGACCUGAUGAGAAACCGUUAUCUUAUGGGACUUCAAAAACUCGACUUUGCGUCUUCACAAGUUGUAGAGAUGCAGAAGGAACUGACUGCCCUUCAGCCUGAACUGAUACGAACUUCUGCAGAAACAGAGAAAAUGAUGAUCCAGAUUGAAAAGGAAACGGUUGCAGUAGAUGCAAAGAAGGAACUAGUGUCUGCAGAUGAAAAAGAGGCUAAUGAAGCUGCAGCUGUUGCUCAGGCUAUUAAGGAUGAAUGUGAAGGAGACCUUGCUGAGGCCAUGCCAGCUUUGGAGGCAGCACUUGCAGCUCUUGAUACCCUGAAUCCUUCAGACAUCUCUCUUGUGAAAUCCAUGCAGAAUCCACCGGGUCCUGUUAAGCUUGUCAUGGAGAGUAUCUGUGUCAUGAAGGGAAUGAAACCAGAGAGAAAGCCUGAUCCAAGUGGCAGUGGUAAAAUGUUAGAAGACUACUGGGGACCCUCUAGAAAAAUUCUUGGAGAUCUGAAAUUCCUUGAGAGCUUAAAGACAUAUGACAAGGAUAACAUUCCUCCUGCUAUAAUGAAGAAAAUCAGAGAGAGGUUUAUUGGUCAUCCAGAUUUUCAGCCAGCUGUCAUAAAAAAUGUGUCGUCUGCCUGUGAAGGGCUAUGCAAGUGGGUGCGAGCCAUGGAGGUAUACGAUCGUGUUGCAAAAGUGGUUGCCCCAAAGCGUGAACGUUUGAGAGAUGCAGAAGGAUUACUGGAUGUUCAAAUGAAGAAGCUAAAAACGAAACAAGCAGAACUUAAGGAGGUAGUUGAUCACCUCCAAGCGUUGAAUGAUGAGUUGGAAAGCAUGAAUGACCGGAAGAGAGAAUUAGAAAAUAAUAUUGAAAUCUGUUCAGAAAAGCUUGUGAGAGCUGAACAGCUAAUUAGUGGUCUUGGUGGGGAGAAAGAUAGGUGGACAGAAGCUGCGCGAUUGUUAGGAAUCCGAUAUAUAGACCUUACAGGAGACGUAUUGUUAUCUUCAGGAACAGUUGCUUAUUUGGGAGCCUUCAGUGUAGAUUAUCGCCUAGAAUGUCAAAAGCAAUGGCAAGUCCUGUGCAAUGAGAAGAACAUACCGUGCUCCAAUGAUUUUAGCUUAAGUAAUACGCUAGGGGACCCAGUCAAAAUUCGUGCAUGGCAAAUUGCUGGAUUGCCAAUUGAUUCCUUUUCCAUUGACAAUGGCUUAAUUGUUUCUAACUCAAGAAGAUGGGCUUUAAUGAUAGAUCCUCAAAGGCAAGCUAACAAGUGGGUAAAAAAUAUGGAGAAAAAUAACAAGCUUUCAGUUAUCAAAUUAUCUGAUACAAAUUAUGUGAGGACAUUAGAGAAUGCUAUUCAGCUUGGAACACCAGUCUUGCUAGAAGAUAUUGGUGAAGAACUAGAUGCUUUCAUAGAACCCAUUUUAUUAAAGCUAACAUUCAAACAGCAAGGAGUAGAAUACAUGAAGUUAGGAGAAAAUACAAUUGAAUAUUCAAGAGAUUUCAGGUUUUACAUAACAACCCGUUUAAGAAAUCCUCAUUAUCUUCCUGAGGUGGCUGUGAAAGUUUGUCUACUCAACUUCAUGAUUACGCCUCUGGGUCUUCAGGAUCAACUUCUUGGAACUGUAGCUGCAAAGGAAAAACCUGAGCUAGAAGAAAAGAAAAAUAAACUGAUUAUAAAAAGUGCAGCCAACAAGAAACAAUUAAAGGAAAUAGAAGAUAAAAUCCUGGAGGUCCUUUCAAAGUCAGAAGGAAAUAUCUUAGAAGAUGAAACAGCGAUUAAUAUUUUGUCUUCAUCCAAAGAGUUAUCUGAAGAAAUCUCUGAAAAGCAAAAAAUUGCUUCUGUAACUGAAAUGCAAAUAGAUUCUACUCGGAUGGGGUAUAAACCAGUUGCUAUUCAUUCAGCUGUUGUCUUCUUCUGCAUCUCUGAUCUGGCAAACAUCGAACCUAUGUAUCAGUAUUCAUUGAUUUGGUUCGUUAACUUGUAUGUUCAAUCUAUUGCUAAUAGCAAAAAGAGUGACGAUCUGGAAGAGAGAAUUAAAAAUAUAAUUGAGCAUUUCACAAUAAGCAUCUAUAAUAAUGUCUGUCGUUCACUGUUCGAGAAAGAUAAACUGUUAUUCUCCUUCCUUCUGACAGUAGGGAUUAUGAAGGGAAAAGACCAAAUAGAUGAUGAGGUUUGGCGUUUCCUACUGACAGGAGGUGUUGCUCUUGAUAAUCCUCACCCCAAUCCAGCUCCAGAAUGGCUAUCUGACAAAUCAUGGGCUGAGCUAGUUCGUGCAUCUUGUCUGACAAACCUUCAGGGACUAAUGGAACAUGUAAGAGAGAAUGGUUCAAAGUGGAAACUAAUAUAUGACUCUGUAAGACCCCAUGAAGAAGCUUUCCCAGAUGUGUGGAACACGUUACUGGGGUUAGAUCGCAUGGUUAUUCUCAGAUGUUUGAGACCUGACAAGAUUGUUCCAGCAGUGCAGAUGUUCAUUAUAGAAAAUAUGGGAAGAACAUUUAUCGAACCACCUACUUUUGAUCUUGGAGGAAGUUACAAUGAUUCCAGUUGCUGUGCCCCUUUGAUUUUUGUAUUAUCACCAGGUGCUGAUCCUAUGGCAGGUUUGUUAAAAUUUGCUGAUGACCUUGGCAUGGGAGGCACAAGCAUUCAAACUAUUUCACUCGGACAGGGCCAGGGCCCAAUAGCAGCAAAUAUGAUUUAUCAGGCUAUUAGUAACGGAACCUGGGUUGUGUUACAAAACUGCCAUCUUGCAACCAGCUGGAUGCCUGCUUUGGAAAAAAUCUGUGAGGAAGUUAUAGUGCCUGAGAAUACCAAUGAUAAGUUCAGAUUGUGGUUAACUAGUUAUCCAUCAGAAAAGUUUCCCGUUAGUAUUCUCCAGAAUGGCAUCAAAAUGACAAAUGAACCUCCAAAAGGGGUUAGAGCAAACCUCCUUCGAUCGUAUCUUAAUGACCCUGUCUCUGACCCUGUGUUCUUUAGCAGUUGCCAAAAGCCAGAAAUGUGGCAAAAAUUGCUUUUUGGCCUUUGCUUUUUCCAUGCUCUUGUGCAGGAAAGGAGAAACUUUGGCCCAUUGGGUUGGAAUAUUCCAUAUGAGUUCAAUGAGUCUGACCUCAGAAUCAGUAUGCAACAGAUCCAGAUGUUUCUGAAUGAGUAUGAAGAAAUCCCAUUUGAAGCUCUGACAUAUCUAACAGGGGAAUGUAACUACGGUGGGAGAGUAACAGAUGAUAAAGACAGACGUCUUCUCCUGUCCCUUCUUUCCGUAGUCUAUAACAAGGAUAUAGAGCAGGACAAGUAUAUGCUUGCACCUGGAGAGGACUACUACAUACCACCACAUGGUCCGUAUGAGUCUUACAUUGAAUUUCUACGAGGCUUACCAAUUACAACACACCCUGAAGUGUUUGGGCUUCAUGAAAAUGCAGACAUUACCAAGGAUAACCAGGAAACUAACCAGCUUUUCAGUGGAGUGCUCCUGACUUUGCCUAGAGAAGCAGGGGGAGGUGGCAAGUCUCCUCAGGAAACUGUUGAAGAUUUGGCACAGGAAAUCUUAUCCAAAUUACCAAGUGACUUUAACGUUGAAGAGGUUAUGAAGAAAUACCCAGUACUUUAUGAAGAGUCCAUGAAUACAGUUCUUAGGCAAGAAUUGAUCCGAUUCAACAGGCUUACAGAAGUUGUUCGGAGCAGCCUUGUCAGUUUAGGCAGAGCCAUCAAAGGCCAGGUGUUAAUGUCAUCUGAACUUGAAGAUGUUUUCAAUAGUAUGUUAAUGGGAAAAGUACCGCCAGUGUGGGCUGCCAAAUCCUAUCCAUCACUGAAGCCGCUGGGAAGCUAUGUAUCUGAUCUCCUCUCUCGUUUGGUCUUCUUCCAGGAUUGGGUUAUCCAUGGACCACCCACAGUGUUUUGGAUAUCAGGAUUCUACUUCACUCAGUCCUUUUUGACAGGUGUUUUACAGAACUAUUCUAGAAAAUACACCAUCCCAAUUGAUCACAUUGGAUUUGAAUUUGAGGUGAUGAAACAGGAGCACACAAUGGAGAAAAUGCCAGAAGAUGGGGCAUAUGUAAAAGGCCUUUUUUUGGAAGGUGCACGAUGGGAUAGAGAAUCCUUGCUGAUUGGAGAAUCACUUCCAAAAAUCCUUUAUGAUUCUCUGCCCAUAAUUUGGCUGAAACCUGGAGAAAGUUCCAAAUUUCUACAUAAGAACAUCUAUUCAUGUCCUGUGUACAAGACAAGUGCAAGAAGAGGUGUAUUGUCCACGACUGGCCACUCAACCAACUAUGUUCUCUCAGUUGAACUCCCUUCAGACAAGCCCCAGAAACACUGGAUAAAUCGAGGUGUGGCAGCACUAUGCCAGUUAGAUGACUGAGUGUUUGCAAGUCAAAACACUCACAUUUUGUAAUUAAAAGAUGUACUUUACUCCCCAAGGACUUUUUUUUUUUUUUUUUAUCAGUACUUCCUGCUGACUUUAAAGCAGCUCCCAAUUUCCUUUGGUUUUUAGCCACUCUCACCUACUAGGGAAGAGUGAUUAAAGAAAGAACACUGUAAACAGAAACUUAUUGCAAAGGCCUGGGCUUUAUCUUGCAAUAGAUCAAAAUGAACAGAAUUCCCAGCAAACUGUGUGUCACCCACAUCAUUACAAAUCUUGUGAAAUCCUUUUAGCACUUUGCUGCUGUCACGGGGCUUUUUUGUUUAUGAGAUUGGGCCCAAAGAGAUAUAAUAAGAGUUUUGCUGCUGGUUUAAUUGGGAACCUAAUGUACAACUCUUGCAAAUAGGUCUCUCUGGAUCUGCCUACUGCUUCUGUAUCCCAGGAGUGCGUAGGUCGAGGAGGCAGGAGAGAAGAAUAGUCUGUUCACAGCAUAUAAAACCAAUCCUCAGUUAGAAUAAACUGCCAGAGCUGUAUUAGGAAGCUAUAGUAACUGAUAUUCCUUGAAGAUCUGCCCCAAAAUUUCUACAGAAAACUGCUAGACAGCACAGGUGUUGGAAGACUGCCAUUUCUCAGAACAGUAUGUUUUGUCUCAUGAUGUUUUAAUUUUUUUAUUUCAGUAUUAUUUACAUACAUAUCCAAGGUGCCUGAUAAAUGGAGCUAAACUUCCUUUCUCUCAUAGCCUGAUUUUACUUCCUCGUAUUGGCCUCUUGCAUGUUGGACUAAUAACCACCUGAUAUUUUGUACUUGUUUUAAGCCCUUUCAUCAGAGAAGCUCAAAGUAACUUGCAAACAUAAUUAAAAAUAAAAUAGCCCUGAACAUCUUCAAAGAGCUGUGCAGUCAUUAACUAAUCCCCACAGCAUGCCAAGAAGGUACUGAUGAUGGAUCAUUAGACUUGUUUUAUACACAGUACAAGAGAAGUGCAAAGAUCAAGGCAAACAUAAAAAAAUAAAAAACUGCACAAACAUCCACUAAUUUGGGGUCUCUUCAUUUUUUCAUUGCCUAGACUGCAGCAUCUUAAUGACUUGCUCAAAGAGUCAGAGACACAGCUACAAUUCAGCAGUUCCCAGUAUUAUGCUACAGUCAUUAAGCUGUGCUGCUGCAACGUAUUAAACCAUGCAGAUCUUAUCAUAGGAACUUAAAUGUUGUGUUGUGCUUAGCUAUUAUAAGAGAAAACAGUGUUCACUAUUGUUUUAUUAACCACUGGUGUAUGUUUUAUAUAGAUAUCUAUAAAACAGUAACUUUUAAGAAUGGUAACAUAUACAGGUAAGCAAGGAGUGUUACAGGUACAUUCUACAGUGCUGCUCUGCAUAAAAUAUACAUAGGUAAUUAGUACAGUACCUUUACUAUAUUUGAUGUCUCUUAAGCAGUACAGUAAGUUGGCAUUUGGUGCAUUAUUAUUGUUACAUGUUUACUAGUGCAGAGAUGACAGGCCAGAGCUCUUAAAGCAUGUUUCUUUUAAUGAAGGCGAUAGAGGUGUGCAGGUGUUUCUGCUUACUGUUGGGAGAAACUAGUCUUAUCUUAACAGUUCAGAUGGAAUUAUAUUUGGCACAUGCAGCAAAAAUAAAUCUUGUUGUAUGGGAACGUUACAGCAUGAUCACCCAAACUGGCAAGAUUUCUUUUUUGAGAAGGGAAUUAUGUUUCUGAAGAUCUAGGUAAAUUAGUCUUUUAAAAACACAGAUUCCCGUUCGUCUUCAUAAUGGAACAUCACAGAUGCUUUCUACCUUUCGUAUCAUUAAAAUUAAUUGAAAUUUAGUGCUUAUAUUUAAAGAAACAGAUUGUAAUUACCAUAUUUUAAAAAUUGCUGCCUGUCACUGUUAGGAUGAUCUGUAUGGCACGCAAAAUCCCAUGAACAAUUCAGAUCACUAAUUAGGCCACUGCAACAUCACAGAGAACAAAGCAGUCACCAGCUUCCUUUUCCAGCUCUUUUGCACGCAGCAUUAGUCGUGCUGAGGCUCAGAGCCAGGGAGGCUGGUUACAUCCGUCCCUACGGAUGGCUCCGUCACUGCUGUCUGAAGGACCCUUCUGUAUGGACUUGAGCUUAUGCCUUUAAGUGGCCUUGGUGACAGCUUACCUGCCAUGAUAAUACCCUGCACUGAGGCCCUGCUGAAAGGGAAACUAAGGCAACAGUACAGUACAAAUUCUUAAAACACUAAACUGAGAAGUUGGAAUACAAGGCUUGAGUUUCGCCAUCCUCAGAUAAUGCUAGCCUCGUGAACAAAGACCUCUAAAUAUAAAGUAAGCCAUUACAUAUAAAAAAAAGAUUCACUAGUAUAUAUUAGCUAAAUUACAUUCUGUAAAGAUAAAUUACUUUCAAACUACUGGAAAAUACUGUAUGGUAGCUUGCUGUGUGGGUUUCAUGGGCAAACACUAAUGGGUAGUUUACUGAAUGACAUAGUUGUUGUGGAGCUUUUCUUGUGAAUAUACCGUCUCUGCUGCAUUGUGUGCCAUGUCCUUGUUACUGUGAUAAUUUUCUAAAUUCUUCCAUGUUGAUACUUACUGAGAUGAAGGCAUCUCUUGGAACAUAAAGAUGUAUUUCAAGCUUUUGAAGCUGUGACUGAAGGAUUUAGAUAUGGGAAAAGACUUUAAAUGAAGGUUCAUGCAUCAGUCAGUUGCUAGGUCCCCUUCAAAAGAGAAAAGAGAUCAGGUAUGGCUAAGUUGCUUUAUUUCAUGGUUAUUGAAGUCUUGAAGUAUGUGGUUUCCUCAGCUGCUUUUACUAUUAGAGAAAAAAUAGUCGAAUUUACUGUUGAGAGGUAUUUGUCU